UGGCUUCCUGAGCAGCUUGAUAAUGUUCUGCUCCUGUUUUCAGCAGGGCUGUGGCAGGGGCAAUGAUUUGAUAAUAACAGACCCUGAUUAAAUUAAGGAGCCAUUUGCUUCUGGAUGAUGAUGUUGAUAAAAAGGGUUGAUGUCCACACUCCCUGCUAUUUUAAAGGUCGAAAAAAACACACACAAAAAAAACAGUCUUUAAUCACAAACUACAACAAAAAGCAAAAAUAAUCAGAAGCAGCAUAAAAGUUUGCGCUUUUCCUACAUUGUUACAUUUGGGAAAGGGUCUGUUCUUUAUUUGCUGAAAUGCUAACUGGCUCUUUUUGCAUCACAUUUGGAGUUGAAAUUGGAAGUGGUCUCAUUGGGAAUGUAACUGUAUAGUGCAUCUCUAAACUACUAAACUAUAAAUUAGAAUCAAGCACUCAGAAGCUCUUGGUUCUCUAUGCAUGCAUGCUCACACAAACAUGGUUGUUAAGAUAACAGACCUCGCUGUAGUUGGACAAUCAUAAGUGAAAGUCCUUUGUACAGGGGUUCUUCUAGCCUGCGACUCAGAGUAGGAUGGGGCUCCUCUCAAUGUGAGCCUGUUAGAAAAGGAUUUGGACUGCAUCCCACUUGCAGUGUUUAGAAAAGCAAGACAAGAAGUGGCAUGAAAAAUUCCCUAGUGUGUACCACUUGAUCAGCCCAUCUGAGUCAGGAGCUUUGCAGGCAUUCUUAGAACCCUAUGGGCUAUGGCGGUGAAAUGGGUGGAGGGCAGGCAGGGUUGCCAGUGCCCUGCCUGGGCUGGGCUGUGCGCAGCUCCCUGAUUGCUCAGGGACCACGUGGAGACUGUGAUUGGUCUCCAGACCACACCUAGUUGGUGAGUGCAGCUGCUGCCUGAAUAUCCCACAGCUCUGUCGAGAUCACUGGAGUACACACACGUCUACCUUCAGACAGCAGACCGGGAGAGGAACCGUGGAGCUGCUGCAGUGGAGGAAUCGUAGGAACUUUGCUGAGUGAGUGAAAUGGGGAGAGAAGGAAGCUAGUGGCUGGCCCUGAGGGAAGUUGCUGGGCAGGACAGCAAUGGAGAUGAAGAGCUGGUUCGUGGUUGUUGCCAUGUGAUUCUAUCUGUGGUGGAAGAUACAGGAAUGGAGCAGGUGCACAAGAGCAUAGUGGGGAAGGAGAUAAGCCCAGAAUUAAAUUGAUGCCCACCUCUGGUCAUUCUUGCAAUACUGGCUACCCACAAGGGCAAGCGUGCUGAACCAUAAGUCAGACAUUCUCAUACUCUGCAUGUUGUCAAGCCUUGGGGUCCAGGGAAUUGUAGAGGGGCUUCAGUGAAGACCUGCUGUCUUCUCCCACCCAAAUGGGUUGCUCUCCUUCUCCCCUCCCAGGCAGCACUGACAGCUGGGGCUGCAGCUUGAGUGAUGGCAAAAGAAAACCUUACUCCACCAAGCCAUUAGCAGCACUCACAGCAUUAAAAAUGCAAGAGGUGGGUGGGAGGAGAGAGGGCCAGGGAUGAAGACUAAUGCAGCAGCCGAGGCUGGGAACAAACAGGCUUCUCUCUCCCCAGAACCCAGAUCCAGAUUAGGAUCCACAGAAUAAGGGGGAACUUUUGGUUUAAAAGACUUGUAUAAUGUAAAUGCAGAGGCAGCGUCCAGCUGAAUGUUAGAAAAUCAGCACUUUGGGCUUCCUCAGCCUUAGGACAGCGUGUUCACUCUGGAGGGCCAGGACCUAGCCUAGCCCCCCUUCAACACCGCCUGGCUGAGCAGCAAGGGCUCCGUGGCCGAUGGGGGGAGGGGUGAGCUUGCGGGGCGACGGUCCUCUUUGCGCGCUCAGGGACUCCCGAGUGCCCCUGCCCCAUAGGUCCUCGGGCCUUCCGCGCGCGGCGAUGCCAGCCUCGUCCACCAUCCACGUGCUGCAGCUGCUGCGGGAGCUGCUGGCCUUCGUGCUCCUCAGCUACACGGUGCUCAUCGGGGCGCUGCUGCUGGCUGGCUGGACCACCUACUUCCUGGUGCUGAAGUGA